AUGGCUGACAUGCUUCGUUCCCUUGUUGCCUAUUAUAUGCGAGCGCAGCAUGAGGCGGGGCGGGCCGCCAGCACCUCGGCCAGCACCGCGCCAGACAAACCGCUCUCCAGCGCGUGGCAGACCGCGCUCAGUGCUACCGCCAUGAGCGCCAACAAGAAACGGCCGGUGCGGCGGGGCGGCAAGCCCCCGCCCGACCGGCCGCAGCGCGCGCUCUUCCUCCUCACCCUCAAGAACCCCAUCCGCAAGCUGUGCAUCGACCUCGUGGAGUGGAAGUAUCCUUUUCGCCCGGCCGCUGCCGCACCACGGUAUGAGUGUUAG